AUGGAGGUCUUAGAUCAAGCCAGCCGUGGGCCUUUUGGUGCUUUGGAGGUCUUCUGGGGGAUGAAGCCAGGCCUAGCAACGAUUCUGUCGUUUCCGUCGCGCAGAGUCCAGGCCCUGAAUAAAACGGCGUACACCCAGAGCUCACACGUAUACUGGCCUCGGUGGAAGCUAUAUAGUGAAGUCGAGCAGAAGAUGCAGCUGGAUAUUUUGAGUGGUGUCUCGCAGACAUACAGCCAUCUGGCGCCUGUUUGUUCUACAGGGACCUGCGAAUAUGAUGAUUUUGUAACACUUGGUGUCUGCACUGAGUGCGAGGACAUUACGGCCAAGACAAGUCAGAAUUGCGUUUCGGAAGCUUCAGGUCUCAGUGAUGGCUUCCCGGUUGCCGCCAAUUACACAUAUACAUCACCCAGUGGAGCCGAAUUUGUACCCGGCACCCUAGGGAGUGGUUCCCUUAACAAAUCACAAUUCAGCGUGACACAACAACCAUGA